AUGAAGUCGACCAAGAAGCACUUGGCCGUCGUGGACGCGCUGGAAAGCCAAGGCUUUGAGUUCCUUGGGUUCAACCAGUUCAUUCGAUCUGGAUACCGCGUGCACCAUACGUGGCACGACUGCUGGCUGUCGUUGUUCCAGCUGCACAACGAAACGUGGAACGUGUGGUCGCAUCUCGUGGGGGCCGUCGUCUUUUUCGGGCUGAGUUUGCAUCACACAUGGCUCGAGGUCGCCGACAACGCCUCCGUCAUGCCUGCAUCCCUGAUUGAACAUGCACUGCCAUUGCAUCUGCGCCUCGGCCUGCACACUCCAUCCUUAACUUCGUCCGUGAACUUUACAUCGAUCGUCCAGAUCCCACCGGCCUCGUUCUACGUCACGCACGCCCAACACGUGUCGACGUGGCCUGUUGUCGCGUACACCGUGGGAGUUUGCGUCUGCUUUACAUGUAGCGCCAUCUACCACCUCCUGUACAUCCAAUCCCGCGCGUGGUGUGCUUGGUUCACCCAAGUGGACUACGCCGGCAUCAUCGUGCUCAUCGCAAGCGCGUUCGUGCCCAUGCUUUCGUACGCGUUCUACUGCGACCGGGACGUCGCGACCAUGUACCUGAGCGUCGUGGGCAGUCUGGCCAUGUCGUCGCUCGUCGCGUCGUUCGCGCCGGCGUUCCAAGACCACCCCCACAUCCGCACGGGGGUGUUUCUGGCGCUGGCUGGCUUUGGCUUUGUGCCGAUCGGACACCUCAUGCGCCACCACGGCCUCUUCCAUGACCACGUCCUGCUGACGCUGCAUGGCCUCGCGGGCACAGCCGUCGUCAACCUCGUGGGGGUAGCACUUUAUGUGACACAGUUCCCCGAGCGAUCAUUUCCAGGGCGGUUUGACUUGGUGGGCAGCAGCCAUCAAUGGUGGCACGUCUGCGUGUUCACCGCGGCGUUGGUGUACUAUGCGUAUGCCAUGCAGCACUAUGAAUGGCGUUGCCUGACCCCAUGUUUGUAAACAGAGGGAACGACCAACCUCCCACGGACACUUCCAAGGUAUAGAAAGCGGCGAUGGCAAUAUACACUGCAUGAAUAUUUGAAGAUAUUGGUGGUGAUGGCAUGUACAGAGCAAUAAUAUAUCGUGGAAUACCUA